UGAGGUAUUGUGGAAGCUGGAUGAUAAACACACACAACCGUUUGUGAACAUGGGUGUGGCCAGUGCAAAGAAUUUUUAAACAAAGGCUUAUAUAAGUCAGAUGGCCUAUAUAUAUACAGUAUAGGCCAGAUGGAGAUUUGUGCACACUGAGGCAGACGAAAUGGCAGCGAGACCAGUCAAUGUGCUUAUCACGGGAGCCAACAGGGGCUUGGGCCUGGAGAUGGUUAAGCAAAUACUGGAGGCUCAACGUCCAGUGAAAAAUCUAUUCGCCUGUUGCAGGGACCCAGAUGGACCAAGGGCUGAGGCCCUGCGAACGCUGGCAAAGAAACAUCCUAACAUCUCCAUCAGUCGUCUGGAUGCUACUGACCUUUGUAGCAUAAAAGAAUGCUCCCAGAAGGUGGGCACUCUUGUGGGGACGGAGGGUCUCAACCUGCUCAUUAACAAUGCUGGGUUCAUGUCCAAAAGCACCCUGCAAGAGACCACUCCUGAGGACAUGCAAUACACCUUCAACACCAAUGUCUUGGGCCCUAUGAAUGUCAUAAAAGAGUUCCUGCCUCACCUUCGUGUUGGAGCAAAGGCUAGUAAGAUGCCAGGGAUGUCCACCAGAAAAGCAGCCGUCAUCAACAUGUCCUCAGUACUGGGUUCGAUGCAAGUUGUAAAAGAGUCAUACAGCUACUUUUCUGCAGUCUCCUAUCGCAUCAGCAAAGCAGCCCUGAACAUGCUGACAUUGUGUGGUGCAGAGGAGCUGAAGAAGGAUGAGAUCCUGUUUGCUUUGCUGCACCCUGGCUGGGUGCGCACCGACAUGGGUGGAGAGGAGGGGGAGAUUGAUGCUCCAGAGAGUGUGCAGGGGAUGCUUCAUGUGAUGGCUUCCCUGACCGAGAAGCAGAAUGGAGCCUUCCUAGAUUAUAAGGGGGAACCCGUCCCCUGGUAGCUUUAAAUAAAAACAACUGUGUACUUCAUAAUCUGCACUCAAUCACUUCAUAACCUAACUGAAAUAAACUUGUCAUAAUCAUCA